UGUAGUUCUAUAAGUCUGCCAAGGACUGGUGGCUGUUCAGCGUGUAUUUCUGUCUGCCGCUGGCCUGCACCGCCGUCUUCUACACCCUGAUGACCUGCGAGAUGCUGAGGAAGAAGAACGGCGUCCAGAUCGCUCUCAGUGACCACCUCAAACAGCGGAGGGAAGUGGCCAAGACAGUGUUCUGCCUGGUCCUGGUGUUUGCCCUGUGCUGGCUGCCUCUUCAUCUGAGCCGCAUCCUAAAGCUCACCAUCUACGAUGAGAAGGACCCCAACCGCUGUGAGCUGCUCAGUUUCUUCCUGGUUCUGGACUACAUAGGCAUCAAUAUGGCAUCCCUAAACUCCUGUAUCAACCCUAUCGCUCUCUACAUGGUCAGCAAGCGGUUCAAAAGCUGCUUCAGGUCAUGUCUGUGUUGCUGGUGUCUACCAGCGGAGAUGCUGAUGGAUGACAAGCAGUCAUGUAUGAAGCUCAAAGUCACCGAACGAGCUUCCGACCAGAGCAACUCCCGCGUCACCAACAAGUACACCACAGCAUGAGCAUGCCCUCCGACUGAGUUCAUGUGCCUUUAACUGGGGGUCAGAUGAUCCUGCUUCAGGCCUGUUUAGAGAAGAGUAUCCUUGUUAUGUGGAGAGCAGUGCACUCAGAAGGAAGUGUCAUGAGACACUCUGAGGGACUGAUUCAGGAGCAUGUUAAGCCACAGCCACCGGCAGAUGAAAAGUGCCCUUAUUGACAGAAGCACAUACGUGUACAUAGACUGUCGAUUCCCCUAAAAACUGAGUCUGGGAUGUUAUUUGUUGGAAGGGGUUUAGAGUUGUAGAAUUAUCAGAGAGGGAUGAAUGUCUGUGUUAUUUGUUUACUACUAGGUGUGGCUAGCGGAGAAUUGUUGAGAAAGGACUUAUGAAAACUCAGAAUGUGUGUGUCGUCAGCCAAAACCAAAGAGGCUGGGGUAGAGUGAAAAAUCUUGGGUGGAUUGGGAAUGUUAGUGUUGAAAGAAUGUCUGCUGUAUAUUUUGUUGCAUGAUAUUAUUUAUGUUUAACAUGUAUCUGGUAUAUUAUAGCAAUUUUAUGAAUAGUUACCCAGGUUUUGAUUUGUUUAGUUUAUUGUUUAUUCCAGUAAGUAACAGUAGCAUUUGGCAUAUUAUUCUGUGAGUGGAUGUUUUCAUACUAUAAAUGUUUGCUUUUGAUGCUGAAUGGUCACAAAGUCCUGUGUUGUUUUGUGAACUCCUGAUUAGUACAAAUGAACAAUUGGGGUAGUCCAUGCAGUGGAUGUGAACAACUUCAGUGUCGACCACAGAUAAGGAAAAGCCCACUCUCAUUGAACUCUAAUUGAUCCUUACUGAUAGAAAUGGUACACUUCAACCUGGAUGAGAAUACCGUGGUUUGAUAGAUUUUUUUGAGUGAUCUGUCGAUACAUUGAUGGUAAUCUUAUAUUCAUUGAUGGUAAUUUUAUAAUAGUAGAACAGGAAGUCCCUAGCAUUGCAGGGUCCAGGGAUAUCCAGGAACGCCGCCCUUUGACUUCCCUGAAGAGUUGAAGUAGACAUAUGUUUUUAGAUGAUACAGUAAGGUGUGUUAUUGCUCUGUAAUGAAAGCUGUCAAGCUAUUCAGCUCAUGUAUAUACUGUGUAUUAUUUUGUGCCUAUAAGUGAUAAUAUGACUAAAUACAGUGCUUUCGUCUCAGCUGGUACAGUAGGUGAGGUCUAAAAGAAAUGACAGAGAAUGACGUUGGUUUUGUUGCUACUUUUGAAGCCAUACACAGAUCUGUUCAUGUAAAGUAGAGAAAAGACAAGUCAUCAUCAGUAAAUAUGUUUUGCUUGAGAUAUUUCUCUGUCCAGAACGACUGCUGUGUGUCUUGUGCGCGUGUGUGUAUAAGCGUGUGUGUGAGCUCUCCAGAGUUGAACCAAACGCUACUAUCAUGUGAGCCUGAGUGUAAGCACAGAGCACCCCUGUGAACACAAACUCAUACACAAACACACACACGGAGACACACACAUCUUCACAUGGAACACUGCUUUGACCGGGGAAUGUUGCCUUGGGCAAAACGAGUGUCACGCAUGUCACAUUACCCAUCAAAGACACCCUCUGUCCUAUCUCCCCUCUCCUCUCUUCUUCACUCCGUCCUCCCUCAAUCUUCUGUGUAUCUCUCCUUCAUUCAGAGACACUCAGGGUUGUUCUGUUUCCCUCUCAUCUCUCACACCUCUCCCCUUCUCUUUCAUUUUCUCUACUACCACACUCUCCCCUUCUCUUUCAUUUUCUCUACUACCACACUCUCCCCAGCUCUUGUCCCCUUCCAACCCUCUCUCCAUUCCACCUCCAUGUCCUACCCAAAGACAGCUUGAGAUUAGUUGGGUGGUUUGGAGAAAACCCAGUGUCCUAUCAAGGCUCUUUAUUCAAUCAAUGCCAUGCCCAAGAGAUCAAUAAAGAAGCUUGUGUGUGUGACCCAAAACAUCUGAGCUCUCUGCUUCCUAUUACUCACAACCCCUCCACACACUCUCACAGCAGGCUCUGCAGGGCUCUUUCGCUGUGCUUGGCAGUUUUAUCUCCUGAUAAAGAGAACUCUGGAAAAAGUUGGCUUGAAUAAAUGUUCAAGAACUCUG